UUUAAAUCCUGAAAAUUUUAGAUAUAGAAAAUAAAGAAAAAAAAAAAAAUCAAUCGCAUCGAAUACAAUUUUGACGUCCGCAAGGACAGCUCAGGCACUAUUCUUCCAGUCAUCUUUCUCUCCCUAAAAAUUUUCUUUCUUUUUCUACGGCUUCUCUCUUUAGAUAUAGGGAAGGAGAACGAGGCAUAAUGAGACAAGAAAAAAAGUUGUAAGUGAAAUAAAAAAAGAAGAAGAUUUGAUUGAGAGAAUAGAGAAGGGCAAAAAAAAAGUUUUUUUUGGGUGGAGUGAGAUAUAAAGAUAUUUUCAUUGCUUCGGUUUAUUGAAGCAAAAACUAGGAGUGUUGAAGGGAAAGAGAGAUAAAAAUUUGGGUUUUUUUUUUUUUAUGAAUAUGGUCUGAUUGAAUGUGUGGGAAUUUUUAAAUUUUGGAUACAUGCGAAAGCCAUUGCUUGCUUUGUGAAGAGAGGGCAAUCUUAGAAUGCUCAGAAUCAGAGCUGCUUCCUUGGCUUUGGUUUUCUAUGUUCUUGGUCUCUUGUAUUAUAGAACAUAAAGCUAUAUGCUCAGGCACAGAACUUACCCCUUCUUAUUUGUGCACGAUGAGAAGUGUGAAGAUGUAAGCAGUCAAGUCGGGUAUAAAUUGCUGAUUGCGUUGAGCUCAACGGCUGUAUUUUUGUGCUUUGUUUUGUAACUGUAGUUUAUUUAGUCUGAUUCAUGUUGUUUUAGAUAGCGGUUGCAGUUUUGUGAGUGAGUGUUAGAUAGUGAUUCUUGAAAUAUGGUACCAUCGGGGCCUUCUACUUCUAUAGGCGGUACACAGUCUGUUACACCAUCUCUUUUGCGGUCGAAUUCAGGGAUGCUAGGAGCCCAAGGGGGUGGUCUUCCUUCUCAAACUGGAUUCCCUUCAUUAAUGUCGCCUCGCACUCAGUUUAAUAAUAUGAAUAUGCUUGGGAAUGUGCCCAAUAUGUCUUCCCUUCUUAGUCAGUCUUUUGGAAACGGGGUUCCAAACCCUCUGCUUUCUGGUCAUGGGAGCAGCCAGCGGGGAGGAAUUAACUCUGGGGCUGAAUCUGAUCCACUUUCAAAUGUAGGUAAUGGAAUGGGGUUUAAUGCUCCCUCAUCAUCGUUUGUGCCAUCAAACAUGGCAAACCCUGGUUCAUCUGGUCAAGUUCAAAGUCAGCAAUUUUCAAACCUUUCUGGUAACCAUAUGUUACCAGAUCAACAGCAGUCCCAACAACUCGAGUCACAACAUUUUCAGCAAGGUCAACAAGCAAUGCAACAGUUCUGUGCACCUCACAACACCCAACAAGGGCAGCAGGAGCAACAGUUUCAAUCUAUUAGAGGAGGCUUGUCUGGUGUUAGCGGCCCAGUCAAAUUGGAGCCACAGGUGACUAAUGAUCAGCAUGGCCAACAGCAACAGCAAUUGCAAUCACUGAGGAAUCUUGCUCCAGUGAAAUUAGAAUCACAACAAAUCCCACCUAUGAGAACUUUGGCACAGGUAAAAAUGGAGCCCCAAUAUUCAGAUCAGUCAUUGUUUUUGCAUCAACAACAGCAGCAGCAGCAACAACAGCAGCAGCAGCAGUUACUCCACAUGUCACGGCAGCCCUCACAAACUGCCACUGCCCCAAUUAAUCUUUGGCAUCAACAAAGGCUCUUGCAGCUACAACAGCAACAGCAACAGCAACUUUUAAAAGCAAUGCCUCAGCGAAGGUCACAAUUACCACAGCAGUUUCAACAGCAGAACUUGCCUUCGAGAUCACCUGUGAAACCAGUGUAUGAGCCUGGGAUGUGUGCCCGGCGUCUGACACAUUACAUGUAUCAGCAACAACGUAGACCUGAAGACAACAACAUUGAAUUUUGGAGAAAAUUUGUUGCCGAGUACUUUGCUCCAAAUGCCAAAAAGAAGUGGUGUGUUUCUAUGUAUGGAAGUGGCCGCCAAACAACCGGUGUUUUCCCUCAGGAUGUAUGGCAUUGUGAAAUAUGCAAUCGCAAGCCAGGACGUGGUUUUGAGGCGACUGUCGAGGUUCUCCCUAGGCUUUUCAAAAUUAAAUAUGAAAGUGGUACUUUAGAAGAACUUCUUUAUGUUGAUAUGCCCCGUGAGUAUCAGAAUUCAUCUGGUCAAAUUGUCCUGGACUAUGCAAAAGCAAUACAAGAGAGUGUUUUUGAUCAGCUUCGUGUUGUUCGUGAUGGUCAGCUUCGGAUAGUUUUCUCACCCGAUCUGAAGAUAUGUUCUUGGGAAUUUUGUGCUCGGCGACAUGAAGAACUCAUCCCUAGAAGAUUGUUGGUACCGCAGGUUAGUCAGCUUGGGGCCGCAGCUCAGAAGUAUCAAGCAGCAACUCAAAAUGCAUUAACAAAUUUAUCUGCUCCAGAGUUGCAGGAUAACUGUAACUUGUUUGUGGCAUCAGCUCGGCAAUUGGUAAAAGCCUUGGAAGUGCCAUUGGUAAAUGAUUUGGGUUAUACAAAGAGAUAUGUACGAUGUCUUCAGAUAUCUGAAGUGGUUAAUAGUAUGAAAGACUUGAUUGAUUACAGUAGAGAAACAAGGACUGGACCCAUGGAGAGUUUGGCUAAGUUCCCUCGAAGAACAAGUUCAUCUGGUUUUCAUGCUCCAGCUCAACAGCCUGAAGAACAGCUACAACAGCAGCAGACACCACAACAGCAAACGAUGGCUCAGAGCUCUAAUAGUGAUCAAAGUUCUGCCAAGGCUUCUGGGAUGCUGCUCACUUCUAACAAUGGUGUGGCUAAUGUAAAUAACUCUCUUAAUGCAGCAUCUGCUUCAACAUCUAGCGGCACCAUUAUUGGGCUUCUACAUCAGAAUUCUGUGAACUCCAGGCAGCAGAAUUCUAUGAAUAAUGCAAGCAGUCCCUAUGGUGGAAACUCUGUUCAGAUUUCUUCCCCUGGUUCCUCUGGUACAAUGCCGCAAGCACAAGCAAAUCCUUCUCCUUUUCAGUCCCCAACACCCUCAUCUAAUAAUCCUCCUCAAGCUCCUUACGGUGCCUUAGCGGCUACUAGUCAAGUGAGUUCCGCAAAUUCUCCUGUGAAUAUGCCCAUGCGGCAGCCAACUAUUUCUGGUGAGGCUGACCCCAGUGAAUCACAAAGUUCUGUUCACAAAAUCAUUCAAGAAAUGAUGUCUGGCCAUCUUAAUGGCACAGGUGGUAUGGUUGGCGUUGGCACUCUAGGCAAUGAUGUGAAGAGUGUAAAUGGAAUGUUGCCAACGAGUAACAACACAGUUCUCAAUGGUGGCAACGGUUUGGUGGGAAACGGAACUGUCAACUAUAAUUCAGGUAUUGCUGGUGGUGGGUUUGGUGCAAUGGGUGGUGGGCUUGGCCAAUCUGCUAUGGUAAACGGAAUCAGAGCUGUUAUGGGUAACUCUGUCAUGAAUGGAAGGGUAGGCAUGACGUCAAUGGCUCGGAAUCAAGGUUUGAAUCACCAACAACAGGAUUUGGGAAGCCAGCUUCUUAGUGGGCUAGGAGCUAUUAAUGGUUUUAAUAAUCUUCAAUUUGAUUGGAAACCUUCGCCAUGAAAGGAUAUCUGAAAGCAGAUGGUUCAUUUAUAGCUGCGCUGUUUUUGCAGCAUGAGAGCCGGCAAGAUUGCUUGUGGCUCUGGCAGAUCAUGGUACACUAUAUGAAAGAUAGAUCAAGGCCUUCCCUCCCACUUUGUACUAAUUUCAGAAAAGUGAAACAUAUAGCACAGUGUUUUAUCAAUGAAAUGUUAAAAGCAUCUUUAAGUUGCUCCAGUUUCCUACUAAUUUAUUUACCCUGAUUUUUUACCGUUAGUGCGCACCCCUUGGCCCUUGCCAGUGGCGCUUGAAUGGAAUUUUCGAAGGGACAAAUGUGUAAGCUCUUGUAAACCCGAAAACUCGUUUUUUUGCAUGCUAUUGAGUGAAAGGCUGCUUAUUUUGCUAAUUUCAAUUUCUUUCAAGC